AUGGCGUUCGGUGGGUUUAGGACGAAUGGUGGUCCUACGUUUUAUGAGGCUGUAUACAUACCAUGGGAGGCAGAUCUAACUACAUCAGGCCUCAUUUUCUGUUUUUGUAUUUUAGCGUUUUCUUUCUACCUAAUUCUACCCGGACUUGUUGGCAAAGACAAACUUUACACAUUUAUCAGGAUUACAGUGAGUCUGUAUAUUGGAGCUGUGAUACUCGUGACUAACUUCGCCCAGACCUGGGAAACAGCCGAGACACACACCAAGACCAAGUACAAAGCUGGUACCGGCCAGGAAGUCAAUGUGACAAUCGGUGUCAACAUCGGAUUUAGAGGUGUCAACAUCACACUCAAAGGAGACAAAAAUCAAAUUGAAGGGGAGACAAUCAACUACAAUGAGAAUUUUAACUGGGAAGGCUUGCAAGGCCGCUUGGGAUUUGGUCCCUUUGCUGGGCAUUUUAGCCAACAGUUCAGAGCCGCCCAGUUGAGAGGUCUGCCACUGCCCAUUCUGUGGAUAGCUGAGUACUUCACUCUGGAUGGAGAAGGCAUCCGAUGGGGAAGAUUUUAUAGACAGGCCGGCUGGUAUUCACACAUUAUACUUUGGUUGGCUUUCCCACUGUGGAUACUUUCCAACAUUCUGUUCUUUGUCUUGCUGCGUUACGGAGCAUACUUUCUGGCACUCACUGGUCUGGCCAUGAUUACAUCAAAUAUUAUUUGGGCUACAUUGCGGAAUCCACUGGACUUAAGGAUUCCUUUCACAGCUCAUGAUGUCUUAGAUUUUUCUUAUGGUAGCUCGUUCUGGGUUUGUCUUGUAACAGGAAUAAUUUGCAUUGUCUUGGGAAUCAUCAUAUUUUUGGUGGACAAGCUGUGGCCUACCCAUGCUGCUGUGUUCUUUGGUGUAGAUGUUCUUCAGGACUCAGAGAAUAUUCUUGUUGAAGAAGAAGAAGAGCCCACAACAGUAGUUGGAACGCCAGAGGAUGGCAGUAGCAAACGAGAGAGCAAUGGUUCUACAGAUUAUGAUGACGACCUGUACAAUCCACCUCCACCAUCACCCACAGUUCCCGAUGCAGCGAGACCAUAUGCAAUAAAACCCCCAGGAGGGAGGUCAUAUCGUACAUCUGAACAUCGACUAACAAAGAGACUUCAGCGACCACGACGCAGAGAACCACCACCUAUUCCACAACGGGCUACUGUAGCAGAUGAUGAUGAUGAUUAUUACCAGAAUGCUCCCGCUAAGAGAGAACCAAAGGGCGCAGCUAAGCAUGUGUCCAUAGGCAACAGGGAGAGCUUGGCAGAGGAGACUUUUGACAAUGCACAGCCUGCUACCAUUGA